AUGAUCUUGGGUGAUUUUAAUAUUGAUAUUGAACAAGAUGGUGAAAAAGCAGAUACAAUUCUCGAGUGGAUGGAUUCAUGCUGCAUUGGGCCGGUAGUUCCUGAUUCCAAUACAUCACUUCGUUCUGGUCGAACUAUUGAUUAUGCUGCGUCAAUCUGUGUUGAUCUAACAAUUCAAGCUUAUGAAGGUGAUACCACUAGUGAUCAUAAAUCUCUUUUAGGUGUACUGGUUGGGAACAAAACCUCCACAGACGAAGAAUCCAGAACAAUAUGGCCUGUUUUCACUCUAAUUUUAUCUUACAUAUUUGAUUAUUGGGGGAAAAUGGAACAAAGAGUCUUCUGA